GGAUAUUGUUCAAAUCUGAAUUUCGCUUUGAGUGUUGAUCUUUCAGCUUUCUUUUUUGUUUUGUUUUAUCGACUUUUGAAUAGAUGGAUUGGUUGUUGGAUCCGGGUACAACUGUUCUUGCUAUUGUUGUUUGUUGGUGAUGGUCAUGAUGAGAAGGAGGAGACAUGAACAUGGGUUUUGCUUGCUUUUGUUCGUUUUUUAUUUGUCUUUUAAAGAUGAGAUUUUGUUCGCAGAUUGCAUAUUUCUUUGUGAAAAGCAACUACAAGCAUUCAGUGUUUCAAAGACAAGUUCUUUAUCAAAUUUCAUGAUAUGAUGAAUAAUCAACUGUCCCUCAAGAGUGAGAUUAACACUCUUUUCAACGAAUUGGAUUAUCUAUAAGAUCCAGAUAAUAUAUGGGGACUGAUAUUGAUCAAUUUGCGUUUCGAUCAACAACCAUUGUCAAAUUUCAAUUGCUGCUGUGGAAAUACAAAGAUUCAAAAUCUCUGUUGUUAAGGCAAAAAUGACUUUUUUGGUCUCAAACUUCUGAUGCUCAUUCUUGGAUUAGGCAGGCCUUAUCCUUUCAAAUUCCAUAUUGUAAUGCUCAUUUCUUGCUGGACUGCAGUCGAAGACCUGUUUCAACCUCCUCCUCUCUACAGACUGCCCAAAAAAAAAACUUCAUUUAUCAUCAACUUCAGAGCUCCACCAUUCUUUGUUUCUCUGUUUUUUCCUUUGCGAUUCCACUCCUAAUAUUGCUAGAGUAAAAUGAGCUGUUUUGAUUACUUCAAUUUCUAUUUCCAAAGCUUUUCACUCACUGAUCUAUGCCUGAUUGUUUUCAAAUUAAUCUGGGUUGUAUUUGAGAAUGAAUGAAUGCAUGGAUUAUUUGAUGUGGUAGCUAAAAGAUCAAACAUGAAAAUAUCGAAUGAUCUCUGGACUUCAAAGUUCACUGUAUCAGAGAGUAAGCCCAGAUUGUGUUCCUUUAAGCAAUGGCAAAAAACCCAAUGGAGUUGAGAAUGGAAGGUCAAUCCCAAAUGGAUUCAGUUCCACAAGUACUAAUUUUGAAACGAAAGGUUUCAGAUUUAGAUCCCCAUCGAGAAACCAAGACCACCACAAUAACAGUACAACCAGUCCUCCACAUUCAGAUAACAGCCACAAUCACACACAAAGACAUGGCACCAGUCCAAGUCCUAGCCCAAGCCGUGUUGGCAACGGUGACGUGCUGUUGCAAUGGGGACAAAAGAAGAGAGCUAGAGUUUCAAGGUCUGAGAUCAGGGCCUUUCCUGAUGAAUCGUCAUCUUCUGGUCAAGCUAGACAACCCAUCAACAAGAUUCCUAGGAGAGUUGAUAAUAAGCUCUCUCCAUCGUCCAUGCCACCACCGCCUCCACCACCAUCAUCCCAACAACAAUCUGCCAGUACUAAUACCAGAGGUGGAAACUUAAAGAAAGAAAAUUCUGGGAUUCUUUCUCACAGGAAUUUAGAAAAGCGAUCGGGUGCUGGUAAUGGGUCCCCAUCAAGAAAUAGUGGUGGCAGUGGCAAGGUUGUUUCUAGAUCUACUGCAGGAAAGAGAUCUCCUCCAACACCAGAAAAUAUUGAUAGAAAGAUGCCUAGCUCUAGGUCAGCAGCAAAAGAUGAGAAACCAAAUGGAUCCAUAGUAGUAGCCGAUCAUCAAACGAGGCAAGUUGAUUCCACUCGGGCUCAAUCAGAAAAGGAAGCCGGGGCUACAAAUAGUAACCCUGCCUCAGUACCAGUAGUAGCUAGCGUAGGAGAAAAGGUGAAUAACAAUGAAGUCAUUGAGUGGCCAAGAAUUUAUAUUGCUCUGUCAAGGAAGGAAAAGGAAGAUGAUUUCUUUGCAAUGAAAGGCACGAAACUGCCCCAAAGACCCAAAAAAAGGGCCAAGAACAUUGAUAAAGCACUUCAGUAUUGUUUUCCAGGGAUGUGGCUCUCUGACUUGACAAAGAGUAGGUACGAGGUUAGAGAGAAGAAAUGUGUGAAGAAGCAAAAACGAAGAGGUUUGAAGGGGAUGGAGAGCAUGGACAGUGAUUCCGAGUAGUGGGCAGUAAAUACUUUUCUAAUCACGAGAGAGGGAGAGAGAGAUGGAGAAGCUAAGCAGAAGCCCCUUUCAGUCUGUCAACUCUGGUGUUUUUUCUUUUUUAUUAUUAUUAAUGCAUAGUGGGUAGGGUCCACCCACUCUAAUUUGAAGUUUUACCUGCCCAGCUGGUGAUGACAUCACUAGCAGAGAGGAAAGCGGGGAGGCUUAAAUCUUAAUGUGGUAGGGCUCAUGUGGUGGGUCAAAUGCCAUGAUCCAUCCAGCAGCAACAGAUGGAUAGAGGCAUGAAGCCAGUGACAGCAUAUCCAUAGCCAUAGCUGAAUGGUUUCACGAGAUGGGUUGGUCCAGCUAGCGAACUCACAAGCUUAUGGAAGACAGGAGGAGGAUCUUCUCGUUUUUUGUUUUAGGGUCAAAAGUUUUGAUUUUAAAUUCUUUGGUUCAUACUCCUGUACAAAACUGCUCCUGCAUUUUUCCCAACGUCAAUUUCAAAGCAGUUUUUAGGUUUUC